UAAGACGAGCAUCUAGUGACCUUGAUGUUAUGGACAUGUUAUCUUCAAAGCAAGAUGAGCAAGACUUAUCACAAUCUUAUGAGGCUAGUUCUGAGAGCAUAAGAUCAACAUCUUGUGUCUUAUCAAAGCAACCACAAGUUAAUGCAUUCAAAUUAGUAUGUAAUCUUAAAAUUGAGAAGAUUCUUCAUAAUCAGAGUCAUAUGACAUAG